AAACAGCCCUAAAAUCUGUGUUUUUCUAUCAGGGAAAGGUUGCACAUGGUUUAAGCCAAAAACCUUCGGAUUUCGGAUUUCGCGCAAGUGUGCGUAUGCCUGCUUGUUUUGUUUUUUUUGUUGUUUUUUUUUGGAAUGCCCAUUUCCCAAUGCGCUCCAAGUCCUCGUGGUGGCGUAGUGACUCGCCUCAAUCCGGGUGGUGGAGGAUGAAUCUCAGUUGCCUCUGCGUCUGAGACCGUCAAUCCGCGCAUCUUAUCACGUGGCUUGUUGAGCAUGUUACCAUGGAGACGUAGCACGUGUAGAGGCUUCACGCUAUUCUCCACGCACAACUCACCACGCGCCCCACCGAGAGUGAGAACCACAUUAUAGCGACCACGAGGAGGUUACCCCAUGUGACUCUACCCUCCCUAGGAACUGGGCCAAUUUGGUUGCUUAGGAGACCUGGCUGGAGUCAGUCAGCACGCCCUGAAUUUGAACUCACGAACUCCAGGGGUGGUAGUCGGCGUCAAUACUCACUGAGCUACCCAGGCCCCUACCUUCUUGUGUUUUAAUGUCAAAUGCAGAGGAUAACCUGAUGUAAAAAUGUUUUGGUUGUCAUCAGUGUGUUGGUGUGCAUGUAGGUUAAACGCAAGGUAUGAGAAUCGUAAGGAAUUUAAAGAAAUUGUUCAUCCAAAAGUGAAAAGUCUCAUUAUUUACUUAAUUAAGUCUCACAAGUUGGACAUGGAGAAAUAAAUGAGUUGCGGUUCAGCGUGUUUUUGAUUCGAUAGCUGACUCGAAAGUUUUGGUAUUUAAAAAAAAAAAAAGAAAAAAAAAGGUUCCCAAACCUAGUAAUUUAAAUGUGUUUAUUGUUUAAAGGGUCAUGACAUACUCAUACAUUUAUUUAUUUGUUUAAAUUUUUUUUAUUAUCUUCCCUGAGGUCCAGUCCUUCAAAUUUAGCCAUAUUUGAAACUCAGUUGAAAGAAAAUGAACAAACUUUAAAUUAUAAUAAAUAAAACGACAUUUCAGGGUUAACAGAAAACAUACACCCAACACAUUUCAUCUGAAUGCAUCAAAAUGUUCACUCUAUCAAACAGACAUGACAUUUGAAACAUUCGUGAAUGAAACUGUUUACUGUAGAGUUUAUCUGUCGCAUCUUUCAGUUCCUUUGCAAAGCUUGAAUCAUAUUGUGACUGGUUCACAAGCAAUCCACUCUGAUAUGAGCCAAAAAUAUACAAUCCACGCUGGUCUUCACAUCUCACAUUUUCCAUGUUUGUUUACACAGUCAUUGACAGCAGCAGAAUGAGACGUGUUUUUAAAAGUUGCGUUUGUACUGCUCUUAAAACACAGCACACAUCGCCAGAAACGUAUCAAAAUGAUUAAAGACGUCCAUCUAGUGCACGCUUACAAAAGACCAACAAUUAAAUACAGCACAGAUGAGUGCAAAAACGGUCCAGGAUGCCUUCAAAACAGCACAACAGCAUGUAGGUCUCCUAUAUAGAGUUCGAACUUGAUAUUGUGUCUUUUAAAAGCGGCGUGAUGCAUGACAACGGUCAAAGCUGUUCAUCUAGUGUAGAAAAAUAUUUAAAUCCAAAUAGGCACAUGGAGGUGUCCUGUGUAGUUUCAGCGGUUAAAAAUGUUGAGCAUUGACUAAACACAGACAAUAUUGUCCAAUCAGUGUAAUUAAUAGUGCUGGUAUUGGUACAGAUUUCCUGAUUCGAUUCCAAUUUACAAGCGUUCAAUUUGAUAUCGAUUCAUGAGAAUUUUUCAGAUAUAAUAUACAUUUUUCUCAAAUAUGAAACAUUUUCUCCCAGCUAAUGCUAUUAAUUAUACAGGAGAACUACUAUCUAGCUACUUAUUGUAUGAAAAUGUUAAUUUUACUAAUUACAUUUGACCAGUUUUUCAUCAUUUUGGUCACAUUUUAGCUCUUUAAAAUUGAGAUAAUCCAUGUAUUCCAUCAAUAAAUAUAUUAUAUUGCAUAUAUUAUGUUUUGUUACAUGCAUCAUUUGUAGUAUUUUCAAGUAUUUAUGUUGAUUUGUUGAACGUGCUAAAACCGGUACUGUCUCUUUAAGAAAACCGGCAGUUCUUUUUUGUUGUUUUUGAUCAAAAACUGACUGUAAAGAACAGAAAGGGUAUUAAGAGACAUUAUUCAAUGACAAAUGGAUUUUGUGGAUCUCAUCUUUGGACACACAUUACACAGAGCAACUUUUACUCUCAACACACAGUGAAAGGAUCUCGCUGCUGAAUACUCCACCACUAAACUACACAAUCACUGCUGAGUGAAAUCUCAUCAUUUACCAGCCAGUUGCCAAGCGCCUAUUUGUAUUUUUUUUUAUUUUUUAUUUAUUUUUUUUUUUUUUUUGCAAAUGCGAGUGAUUUCCUCUUAUUGUAGUGGAGGGUUGCGAACACCGUAAAAUAUCAACCUUAGGAUUUAAGAAUCGAUAUCAAGAAGGUCGUGAUGCAUCGGAAAUUCUAUAUUUUUACCCCCCAAGAUUUACAAAUGUAUAGGGUAAAAUCUCAAAACCUGGUCUUGUAUUGUGAAUAAAUGGACCUCACAGGCGCAUUGAAGCUCAGAGGAAAGCACUUCAGGAGGAGAUGAAGAAAGCUGCUCAAGUGGCUAGUCUGCCUCCACCUCCUCUAAAACCUGUGGAUGUACAGCGAUGCUCGUCUUUAAUGUGUGUGUGAUUUGAGGUGUUGAAGAGCAGUUAUCACAUAUUGUCAUUAUACUAAUGAGCACGGUUCCUCUUUAAGAGCAUUGUGAAGAAGAGCCCUCAUCCGCUGAAGACGGCAACAGCAGAACGCUUCUCUUGUCACACGCCAUCACAUGUCUGAAACAGCAGUGGACAGGGAGAUAGACACUGAACGGGCAGCGGAGGUUGAGGGCCAGUGUUUGGAAGAGCUGCAGAGAGAAGAAGCUCAAGAUCAGCAGGGGAAACUGGAGAAAGCACGACUGAGAGGAAACCACGCGCUCAGGAAAGAACCGAAUACACAGGAUCAUGCACGGCUGCUGUGUGAAUUUGAGCAUCUGCAGCAGGUCGAUUUGCUGCGGUGCAGGCUGGCGGUGAACAGCUUCCCGGCACAGAUCUAUCAGCCUCUCUACAGACAGCAGGAGCUCCGAGAUGAGCAGCAGCGAGAUCUGGAGAUCGCCUUCCAGGACACGUACACUGAAGAGAGUUGUAUGUGCUGUUACUCUAAUUCAGAUGCUCUGUUGUUAGAUGUAAAGAGGUCAAAAGUGACUUGGUUCUUCAGCUGGUACCAGAUCCUCUUCCCUCUCUGUCUGCUGCUAGUCACGAUGAGGACUUGGAUGUGACCCUUGACACUGAAUGUACACCUGCAGCUGAGACAGAGGACACUCCUGAUACCCCAGUCACUGAAAUGCCAGUCCUCUGUCGGAGAUCCUGGUAGACAUGCUCUGAGAAGACUGCUUGACCGCAUCAGGAGCCAAAGAGAUGUGGUUGGUCAGAGACAGAGCACUGCUACAGCAACAACUUCUUAAGAAGACACUGUCCCGGAUGUUUUGAGUAUUGAAACAGGAUCUUUAAGCAGCCAGGAACCGAAGCGAGCAGGUGAAGUAGACAAGCAGACGCCCAGCGUAACGCACUCUGAUGAAGGUAGGCAAGCAAUGAGCUGAUAGUGGCAGGAACGGUGCCGCUGCCAGAGGAACAAGCCCAUGUAAAGCCCACAUCAGCUGAGACUAAGACAGACACGAGCCAACAAACACAUGUGAGUUUGGUAUCGCCGCCUGCAUUAAUGUCUGUGGGCCGCAAACGCAAUGCUGUGUUGAUGGUCUCGGGCUGGUGCUGAGCUAUGAUGUAAAUUUACUGUUCCUGAAAUGUUUGUGAAACACAAACAUGUAUUCCAUGAUGGCAUCUACACUUGAACUGAGCUCAGAGAUGCAUUCAUUCCUGUAUACAACUAUUCUAUUCCUAUAAAACUGUAUUCUGAUUGGAUGAGCUGUAUAUUUAUAUUAAUAUGGCAAGUAGCUACAUAAAAUGCCACCCAAAAGUGAAAUGCAUUCACUUGCAUCGCAUCUUUUUGUCCAUCAAUGAAAGUGAAUGUCCUUUUAACACCGACUCCUGUAUUGUCCUGCAUUUCACUUCCCUUACUGGAGCAGCAGGACCAGUUUGCUCUACUGGAGGAGCUAGAGGAGAAACGGCGUGAGCUGGAGCGGCACUUGAGAGACGCUCAACUGCAGAGACGCACGCUGGAGGAAGCUGCACAGAGACAUACUGGGCUUCAAGAGGUCCGAGCGCUUCAUGCCCCCACUCCAGAGAUGCGUGUUUGAUCUGGUCCUCAAAUCUGAUUAGAUGAGCAGUGUUCCAAGAGUACCUGGGUUUCCAUGCACAUUUUUAUGCAAAUUUUGGGAUAUUUCAUAAAAUAAAAUAAAAAGUGCGGAAAACACCAAGAUGCAAAUUACAUUUCCAAAAUAAGAAAACGUGCAAAAACUACGAUGGAAACUUGUACUUCAAAUAAGUAAUGUGACCUGAAUUUGCUCUUGUGACUAACCAGCUGACCAAUAUCAUUGCACAGCAUCUCAAAUGUUGCUCUGUUCAUUCUGAAAUACCCAAACCAAAUCCUGCAUAGAGUUUUCAGUGCCAGUAAGAUGCACACAAAUUGAACUCUGCCGAAGAGCAGGUUUAUAGACUUUUUUUGGUUUAACAGACACGUGAAGAAAAACAUAUAGUUAGAAAGAUGGAGUAUUGUGCGCUCUAGACAACUCACAAGCAUUGUAUGUGCUCUAGCUCUGUCCCCCUGAGAUGACUUCACUAAAAGGCGACAACAGAAAUACACAUGCGUGGUCUGUUUAGUGAUUCAUUACACCUGCGAUUAUGAUUGAGUACUUUUAUGUCCGAGAACUGGGAGGUAGUAUCUGCCACCGAACACUGACAAGCAUGACAUUUGUCAGAGCGUUUUGUCUACAGGUUCCAAACCGUAAGUAAACCGUGCUUAAAUGUAACCUUUAAUUACUUUUAGAUUUUUUUAUUUUGUUAAUAAAAAUGAUUUCCCUCAUCUGAGUGGUGAAGGCUUGGACUUUUCCUUCAAUUGCAAUCUGCACACACACACAGACACACACAUAAAUUCAGACUUGAUUCGGAGUGGUUGUUAAAAAAAGAGUGCAACACUCAAUGUGUUCGGUCAAAUUUGGCCCGCUAUAGGAGUGAAUGUGUGAGACUACAACACAGAGCAAUUUUUUUUAUUUUAUUUGUCAAAAUGUAUAAAUCUGAAAAAAUAAAGAAGUGAGACUAUAACACAUCUACAGUGCAGAACACACAUACACGUGCGCGUGCAUGCACACACACACACGUUUGUUUGACUAUUAGUGAGGACAUCUCGGACUUCCAUUGAUUUCAUAUCAGGCUAAAGAUAUUUUCUAUUUCCUAGCUCUACCCCUAAAUCUAACCAUCACACAAACCUGUGCAUAAAACUAGAUUUGAAGAUAUUUCGGGUCAAAUUUGACCAGAAAAGCAAAACUGUAAACUUCUAUUGAACAGUGAUUAAGGGUUAAUUAGAGGCACAGUGCCUUCCCCAUUGACUACAAUUUCACUGGAAGUGACAACUUUUUUGCUCUUAAACAUGUGGGAUAGAAACUGCUUUAUUUGCAAAUAGUUUUUGCAAUAUUCAAAUUUUUCGCAUAAGUUUGCAAACUGGAUGGAAACCCAGCUACUGUGUUUAUCACUCCAUUUGUCUGUGUUUGCUAUAUAGAAUUCCAAUUCUGUGUUUUUCACCAUUGUUUUAUUUUUACAUUGGCUGAACAAAAAUGAACAAAUCAGCCAGCAAUAUUGUGUCUAAAAUGUGGAAUAAAUUAUUGAAAAUUAAUGCACAACCAACUUUUUUGAAUGCAAAUCUAAUGUAAAUAUCAAUCUUGAAUGACAUAUAAGCAAUAAAUAGUAUUUUUUCUGAAAUUA